UAUGACAAGGGACCAAGCGUCAGGUGAGCGCUGUAAAGGUCACGUGAUUUCUCGCCAGGCUUAGGCGAGUUUUCGGGGUCACGUGACGCAGCGGCUGGAAUGUCCGCCGGGUACUCGCUGACUGUGCCGACACUCCCGUUCUGACGUUGGAACUUUUCGGUGCAACAGGAAGUCAUGAGAUGAUACAAAGUGUCGCAUUUUAAAGGAGAAGAAUGACGUAAAGCGGAUAGCAGGGGCCGGUUUCCACACACACGGCAGCCCGAGCUGGGCUGUGAUCUUUGUGCCCAUCCUCCUGCCCAGCCCACGGGUGGCGCCAGUCAUUGCCAAGGAUACCAGCCUGGCAUCAGACGCGAUUCUCAAUGGCUGAAGGAGGCGCUGCAUCUCCUGGGGAGUGGAGUCCUUUGGAGGCCGUUAUAAUAAAGGGCCUCAGACAGCUCAGAGCCCGGUACCUGCAGAGCGUGAGGGGACGGGUUAACCAGGGCAGACCGUCACUGGGCACCGCGAGUGAGAGCGCGGAUCCGGGACAUGCUCCGCUGUGUGGGCUGCCGGUGGAUAUGCAACUCUAUAUCUUAUCAUUUCUGUCACCCCAAGAUCUGUGCGUGCUUGGAUUGACCAGUCGUUACUGGCAUCUGCUGGUGCAGGACCGCGUGCUCUGGAGAUACUUCCUGCUGCGAGAUCUUCCUUCUUGGCCGUCUGUUGAAUGGCAUAACUUACCAGACAUGGAUGUCCUGAACUCAUGCUUUUCUGAAUCACAGGAAGGGAAACCUCAUAACUAUAUGUCCAUAUAUUUGAAAUGCUGUCCGAAGAAUAGAAAGUCGCAGCGACCGAAGCACCCCAUUUAUGGCGCGGUCACUUCCUUUCUGCAGUCGUUGGUGACACAUGGAGAACCCCGAUUUGCUAUGUUUGGUCCUGGAAUAGAACAGAUGGAUGACUCUCUGGUGACGCGAAUGAUGACCUCUCCAGAUCUGGUUCCUGUUAUGUGCAUACUUCAGAAACAAAUUCAUGGGAUUGGAUCUGGUGUUACUUUUCAACUCGACAAUCAGCAUAAGUUCAACAUUUUGACUUUAUAUUCCACAACAAGGGCUGAAAGAGAUCGAGCUCGCGUGGAUCAGAAUGCGGCUGUGAAUAAAAUGUUUGUGUCUGAAGAUUCUGACACCAGCAGGUCCAGUGCCCCGUACUCUCUAAUCCCGCAAGUGAAGGAGGUGUGCAGAGUCGUGCAUGGGUUCAUUUACGUGGCAAACGCGGACUCAGACCGAGAACACAAUCGUCAAGAUGAAGUAGCACAGAUACAGGUCAUGACGGACCCGGAGUAUGGACCUCAGAAGAGACCACUGUUGGUUUUAUCUUGUGUUACACACCCAAGGGACCAGCGAAUUCCAUGUGUUUAUAUGGCGCAUGAAUUAUGCCUAAACAGGCUAAAUCGACCAUGGAUGGUACAAAAUACAGAAGUGUCCACUCUUAAUGGAUUAUCAGAUGGAAUUGAAUGGAUCCUUAGUGAAGUUGGAAGGAAGAUGUAACAUUUUAUUAUUAUUAAUCUAAUUCUAUUAGCUUUUUUUAAAUAAGAUUUUUAUUUGAAAUAUUCAACAAUUCUGAAAUAUUACGGUAACUUGUUUUAAAUUUCAAAUGUAAAUAUGCUUUGUUUGCACCAUUUAAAAAAAUAAAUAAAAGUCUGCAUAACUAUUUUAUCAUUA